AUGGGCCCCGCGGUAGGCCGCAGGUACUUGCUCAGGCCCUGGCCGCUGCUCGCGCUCGCGCUCGCGGCCGCCAGCACGGGGUUCCUCUUGUGCUGGUUCUCCGGAGGUUGGGGAAGUCGGAGCUCGGAGCCCUUGAUGCACGGGGCCUGCACGCGCCCUGUGGCCGUCGCUCUGCAGCAGCACCCGCGCUUCCAGAAGCUCUUCGAUCUCUCCACCCCGGUGCUACUGUGGGGCGGCCUCCUCACCCCGGAGCUCUGGGCUGGCCUGAGCCAGCUCCGAGGCCCCUACGGCUGGCGCGGCCUCUCCCAGCAAACCAUCGCCUCCACCCUGCGCCUUCUGAACCGCACGGAGAGCGCGGAGCUGUUCGCGGCGCCCCCGGAGCCCCGGCCGCCCUGCGUUCGGUGUGCCGUGGUUGCCAACGGGGGCAUCUUGAGGGGCUCCCGCCAGGGCCGGCACAUCGACGCCCACGACUACGUCUUCAGACUCAAUGGUGCUGUGAUCAGAGGCUUCGAGAAGGACGUGGGCACCAAGACCUCCUUCUACGGCUUCACAGUGAACACGAUGAAGAACUCCCUCGUCAACUACAGGAACCUGGGCUUCCUCUCUGUGCCAAAAGGACAAGACGUGCGCUAUAUCUUCAUCCCUUCAAGCAUCCGCGACUAUGUGAUGCUGCGAUCAGCUAUUUUGGGUGUGCCUGUCCCCGAGGGUCUAGACAAAGGGGACAUGCCUCAGGCCUAUUUUGGACCAGAUGCCCCCACAGAUAAAUUCAAGCUACUACAUCCAAAUUUCAUCCACUACCUGACAGAGAGGUUUUUGAAUUCAAGCUUUAUUAACAAAGGUGCCAAAGACAUAUAUAUGCCUAGUACUGGGGCCCUCGUCCUGCUGACGGCUUUGCAUAGCUGUGACCAGGUUAGUGCCUAUGGAUUUAUCACAGGAAACUACCAGAAAUUUUCUGACCACUAUUUUGACAAAAAAAGGAAGCCACUGAUAUUUUAUAUAAACCAUGAUCUACAUCUUGAGGCCACUCUGUGGAAAGACUUGCACCAGGCUGGCAUCAUACAGCUGUACCAGCGCGGACCACAACCUCCCUGA